ACACAGAGGGUGGGCCUUCGGCGAAAAAACAAGAAACAGACCAAUCAGAGAGCCCGGCGGGAGGGUCUUAACUGCCAUUCAAGCCCUUAUAAACUUUGUGUGUCUCGGUCGAAGGAGGUUAUUUUAUUUUUCCUCGCCAAUCCGCAACAAAGGGCUUCCAACCUCCGCAAUGCCACCCUUCAUCCUGUUGGUCGUGGGCCUGAGUAUGGUCGCGUCUGCGCCCAGCCUGGACCCACAGCUGGACGAUCACUGGGACCUGUGGAAGAGCUGGCACUCCAGGAAAUACCACGAGAAGGAGGAGGGCUGGAGGAGGAUGGUGUGGGAGAAGAACCUGAAGAAGAUCGAGAUGCACAACCUGGAGCACUCCAUGGGCAAACACUCGUACCGCCUGGGCAUGAACCAGUUUGGAGACAUGCCUCACGAGGAAUUCCGGCAGAUCAUGAACGGCUACAAGCACAAAAGCCAGAGGAAGUUCAAGGGCUCGCUCUUCAUGGAGCCCAACUUCCUGGAGGCCCCGCGCUCGGUGGAUUGGAGGGAUCACGGCUACGUCACCCCCGUCAAGGACCAGGGUCAGUGCGGUUCCUGCUGGGCCUUCAGCACCACGGGCGCUCUGGAGGGUCAGCACUUCCGCAAGUCGGGCAAGCUGGUGUCGCUGAGCGAGCAGAACCUGGUGGACUGCUCCCGGCCCGAGGGCAACGAGGGCUGCAACGGCGGCCUGAUGGACCAGGCCUUCCAGUACAUCAAAGACAACAACGGGCUGGACUCCGAGGACUCGUACCCUUACGUGGGAACUGACGACCAGCCGUGCCACUACGACCCCUCGUACAACUCCGCCAACGACACCGGCUUCGUGGACAUCCCUAGCGGCAAGGAGCAUGCGCUGAUGAAGGCCGUGGCCGCCGUGGGACCCGUCUCUGUGGCCAUCGACGCCGGGCACCAGUCCUUCCAGUUCUACCAAUCGGGUAUCUACUACGAGAAAGAGUGCAGCAGCGAGGAGCUGGACCACGGCGUCCUCGUGGUGGGUUACGGCUUUGAGGGAGAAGACGUGGACGGCAGGAAGUACUGGAUCGUCAAGAACAGCUGGAGCGAGAAGUGGGGUAACAAAGGCUACAUCUACAUGGCCAAAGAUCGCAAGAACCACUGCGGCAUCGCCACAGCGGCUAGUUACCCUCUAGUGUAACCUCGUCACCCUCUAGUGUUUUUUUUUUUUUUUUUUUUAAAUAGAAAAUUCCAAACACGCGGAGCUAUG